UAACGAAUUACACUAAAGAUUAAAGAUUUGGGAAGAACCACUGAAGCAAAUCAAAUUCUUUCUAGAUUUCUUCCAUAAAGCGUCUCAGUGCAGUUGCUCCUUUUUUGAUCUGAGAGCCAGAAACAACUCAGAAAUGUGUGAUUUCCUGCUGGAUCUUUACUCACAUGUGAAGAACAAUGAGACUCAAACAGGCAGGAGUUUCCUUCCAUCAUUACAGUCAGUUUUCCAGUCACCUGAUGUCUGGAUCAUAGAUCUCUCACAGAGAAAGACCUCCAUCCUCCUGGAAGUGCUGAAACUCCAAACAGAGAAGAAACCAGUAUAUCUGAGAGGAUGUUCAGAGGAAGAGAGUGAAAUGAAGAGUUUCCUUCAGUGUCUGCCCUACAUCUCAGAGCUGAGAUUCUCUUAUCUGAGUGAAAGUGUUAAAUACAGAUUUCUUCUGAGACUCUUCAUUAAAGCAGCAGAGACUGAGACACAGACAGGAGAGCAGAUGAUGAAACUGUUAACAUCAGUCUGUGCCUACAGAUCUUUUCCUUAUGAAUGGAGUGACAAAGAUGCUCACAGGGAUUUCCUGCUGGAUCUUUACUCACAGAUGAAGAACUAUGAGACUCAAACAGGCAGGAGUUUCCUUCCAGCAUUACAGUCAGUUUUCCAGUCACCUGAUGUCUGGAUCAUAGAUCUCUCACAGAGAAAGACCUCCGUCCUCCUGGAAGUGCUGAAACUCCAAACAGAGAAGAAACCAGUAGAGCUGAGAGGAUGUUCAGAGGAAGAGAGUGAAAUGAAGUGUUUCCUUCAGUGUCUGCCCUACAUCUCACAGCUGAGGUUUUGGUACAGUGAUGAUGAAGAAAUGAAGAUUGCAGUAAAAUUCCUGCUGAAUCUCAGUGUUGCUGCAGUUGAAAAUGACACAGUUACAGGAACAAGAUUCACUACUCUGCUGUCAUCUGUGUGCAGUUACAAAACCUUCCCUUUAGAUCAAGAGCAUUAUGAUGAUGUUUAUCAGAGUGAUUUCCUGCUGGAUCUUUGCUCACAUGUGAAGUACUAUGAGACUCAAACAGGCAGGAGUUUCCUUCCAGCAUUACAGUCAGUUUUCCAGUCACCUGAUGUCUGGAUCAUAGAUCUCUCUCAGAGAAAGACCUCCAUCCUCCUGGAAGUGCUGAAACUCCAAACAGAGAAGAAACCAGUAGAGCUGAGAGGAUGUUCAGAGGAAGAGAGUGAAAUUAAGUGUUUCCUUCAGUGUCUGCCCUACAUCUCACAGCUGAGGUUUCUGUUCAGUGAUGAUGAAGAAAUGAGAAUUUCAGUAAAACUCCUGCUGAAUCUCAGUGUUGCUGCAGUUGAAAAUGACACAGUUACAGGAACAAGAUUCACUACUCUGCUGUCAUCUGUGUGCAGUUACAAAACCUUCCCUUUUGAUCAAGAGCAUUAUUAUGAUUAUCAUCAGAGUGAUUUCCUGCUGGAUCUUUACUCACAUGUGAAGAACUAUGAGACUCAAACAGGCAGGAGUUUCCUUCCAGCAUUACAGUCAGUUUUCCAGUCACCUGAUGUCUGGAUCAUAGAUCUCUCUCAGAGAAAGACCUCCAUCCUCCUGGAAGUGCUGAAACUCCAAACAGAGAAGAAACCAGUUGAGCUGAGUGGAUGUUCAGAGGAAGAGAGUGAAAUGAAGAGUUUCCUUCAGUGUCUGCCCUACAUCUCACAGCUGAGGAUUGACUAUUGGAAUAGAGGUCAAGCAGUGCAGUUUUUUCUGAGACUCUUCAUUAAAGCAGCAGAGACUGAGACACAGACAGGAGAGCAGAUGCUGAAACUGUUAACAUCAGUCUGUGCCUACAGAUCUUUUCCUUAUGAAGAGACUGACAGAAUUAAACAGAGUGAUUUCCUGCUGGAUCUUUACUCACAUGUGAAGUACUAUGAGACUCAAACAGGCAGGAGUUUCCUUCCAGCAUUACAGUCAGUUUUCCAGUCACCUGAUGUCUGGAUCAUAGAUCUCUCACAGAGAAAGACCUCCGUCCUCCUGGAAGUGCUGAAACUCCAAACAGAGAAGAAACAAGUAGAGCUGAGAGGAUGUUCAGAGGAAGAGAGUGAAAUGAAGAGUUUCCUUCAGUGUCUGCCCUACAUCUCACAGCUGAGGAUUGACUAUUGGAAUAGAGGUCAAGCAGUGCAGUUUCUUCUGAGACUCUUCAUUAAAGCAGCAGAGACUGAGACACAGACAGGAGAGCAGAUGCUGAAACUGUUAACAUCAGUCUGUGCCUACAGAUCUUUUCCUUAUGAAGAGACUGACAGAAUUAAACAGAGUGAUUUCCUGCUGGAUCUUUACUCACAUGUGAAGAACAAUGAGACUCAAACAGGCUGGAGUUUCCUUCCAGCAUUACAGUCAGUUUUCCAGUCACCUGAUGAUUGGAUCAUAGAUCUCUCUCAGAGAAAGACCUCCAUCCUCCUGGAAGUGCUGAAACUCCAAACAGAGAAGAAACCAGUAGAUCUGAGAGGAUGUUCAGAGGAAGAGAGUGAAAUGAAGAGUUUCCUUCAGUGUCUGCCCUACAUCUCACAGCUGAGACCAUCUAAAGAGAGUCUCCAGAAGCUGGUUGAAUGUGUCUAUGAACCUCAGGAAGAGGAACUGACUCAGUACUUCCUGCAGAAAGUGGGCGGAGAUCUGACUUCCUGUUCCUUGAGCUGGGAAGAGCUUCACUAUUUCCUGCAGCACAGAAUUCAACAAAUCACUGUGGACUUCAGAAAGAGCAACAUUCAAUGCAAAAUCAGAGAAAUUCUGCCUUUUCUGAACAGGAUUCAGUUUAAACGGAUGAGCUCCAGCUUCAUGCUGUCUGUCAUCAGAGAGAUCUAUGAGAGCGGCUCUGGUGGAUUUGUGUCCAGUCUGUUGAGUUCAGUGAAGAAAUACAUCAACCUGCAGAGCAGAGAGCUGGACUCUGUCCACUGCGCUGCCCUGCGCUUCACACUGCAGCACUGCACUGCAGUUUCACUCAACCUGCUGUGGACCUCCAUACCAGAGGAAGAGCUGGAGAGCAUUGUGCCUCUCUUCAGACAUGUCUCCAGCCUCAGUGUUGACAGGCGGCUGUUACUGAAGAUGCUUCACUGCUGCAGUGUCUCUGAUGUCCAGCAGGAGGCAGCAGCAGUUCUGCUCUCCGUCCUGCAGCACAAGCUGGACUUCUGCUGCCAUUCUGCUCUGGAUCUGACAACAAACACAGACUCUGAGACUCUACAUCUGACCACUGAGGACUGCCGUGUGAUGAGCACAGUCAUUCAGAGAGCUCACACACACACACAGCUGAUUCUACAGGACUGUGAGAUCAACACAGCUGGAAUGGACCAGCUGUUCCCAGUGUUACAUUCUGUCAAACUCUGCUGUGAUAAAUCUCUGCUGCUUCAGUUUCUGGCUCAUGUGAGGCCUGAGGAAGCUGCGUCUCUUUCUCGAGCUCUGGGUGACGAGGUCGACCUCAGUCAGACUCAUCUGGAGCCGCAGGUCUGUAGAGGUCUGGUGCUGAUUCUGGAAUAUUCUGAAGGACUGACUGAACUGGAUCUGAGUCAGUGUCGUCUCACUGAUCACAGCCUGGAUCUGCUGCUCCCAAACCUCCACAAAGCACAAAACAUUGAUUUUAGUGGCAAUAGCAUCACUGACAUUGGGGCUCAGAGAAUCUACAGUAUCGUCUCUGACAACAGUAACAUAAAGACAGUAAGGCUCUUCAACAACAGAAUUGAAUUCAGACAGCUCUUCCUCACAGACCCACGAUUUGAGAUCUGGUGAAGCCAAUAAACUCUCUCUGGAUCAACAAGACGGUGAAACAACCAGUGCAGAUCUAGAGAGAUGUUGAGGUAACAGGUGUGAACACUUUUGAAGAAUCCGCCCAUCAGAGUCCCAGAGAUGAAUCUGUCCAGCAGAUUGUGAACCACAUUCAUGUUUUAUCAUCACCUUCAGUCAUAAUCAAGACUGGGUUUCUGUUGCAUUAACUGUGUUUUGUAAAAUGACAAAAUCUAUCUCCUUUGUAAACUCUUUCCUUUUCUCCAUCCCUUAUUAUUAUACGUGUCAUGCAAGGUUAUUCGUUUUGAAUUUAGUUUUUAUUUCUAUUUUAUUUUCCAUUAUUCUAGUUAGUUCAGAUUCCAUUAAUAUUCACUACAAUUAUUGGUUUUAGUUCAGUUUAUUUUAUUUAUUUUUAGAGUGACAUUUUAAUGAGUUUUUAUUUUAUUUUAGUCAGUUUUGGAGAUGUAUGUUAGAUUAUGAGUCUUUUCAUUAUGUUUGGAUGAUUUUUGUGUUCUUUCGUUGUUGUUUUUUGGUGUCUUCUGGGUGUUCAGCUGCUGGUUCUUUUAAACGCCUCUUCCUCUUAACAGAGACGAGCUGAUCCAGACUUCCUGUCAGCCGCCAGACCAACAUGUUUCUUUCAAAGUGUUUCUUUCAAUUUACUGAUGUCAUUCAAUCCAUUUAGACUGUAGCAGAAAUGAAGGAGAAACCGCUCUUUUGUUUGAAACUCUUUUCUCUCUUCUGUGUUUUUGGUAAGAGUAGACGAAUCAUACCACUUAUUGAUACUUUCUUUUGUUUGGGUCGUGGGUCUCUAACAUAUUACAUUACUUUAUUGCUACUUCUUUUUGGUAUUUUCAGUACAUUUAUACUCUAAUUUACUGUGUUUUUUGUUUUGUUUUUUUUGGUCUUUUUGGUCUGACGACUUAAUGGAAGCCUUUAGCUAUUUUCUUUUAUUUGUUACAUCUUAAUGUUUGCAGACAUGUUUUUUUUAGUUUCAGUUUUGUUAAUCUUUAUCAUUAACUAAAAGAAAAAUAAUGUUUUCUUUUAGUUUUCUUGAACAGUAAUAAGAACAUACAGUAAUGUAUUCACACCAUUGAUCACCUGAACCGUUUCUCUGCCUGAACUCAGUGUUACUGCAGACACAAUACAAGAGAGACAUUAUACUCAGGAAAUCACACUUACCUCAUUCCUCUGACUGAAAUGAUUGGUUAGUUAGAAGGUCAAACCUGCUUUUGUUUUUAUAUCUUUUCGCUCUGUCUGAAUGUUAUGGUACUGAGACAGUUAUGAUAUAAUGUAUUACAAAUGUUUACAGGAUGUUUGCUCCUCCUCAUACUGUUACUUGACCGGUUUUCAGAUGUCUGUUUAACUUUUUUGUACAAUGUUGUAGCCAUGGGUUAUCUUUAUUACCUCUAUUAUUUCUGUGGAUAUGGUUAUAAACUGUUACUGAAUGAAAUAAAAUAUGCUCUUUUUUA